AUGUGCGUAGAAAUCCUAAAUAACGACACCAACGCCACAAUGGAGUACAACAAGAAACUCAGUGGCAAUAACAAGAAGAUGUCAUACAGCAUCAAGAAAAUGCUGAAAUCAAUUUUCAACAAACAAAAAUCAAAUCAAGAGAAAGUGAACCAGGACAUUUGUAAGCAGUCAUCAAUGGAAUCAUUAGAAUCGAUGGAAAACGACCGCAAUGCUGAAGCUGAAAUCGAAAGUGAAAACGAAGCAAAUGAACGCAUUUAUGCUGCCUCACAAUGUGGAUCGAGUAUUUGUUCAGAGGAUCAAUACGAUGAAGUUGCUGCCUAUGUUCCUGUACAUUUUGUUCGUACUACAAAUGGCACAUUCUUUUGGACAGCCACAUCUUCGAUUCCUGCUGAUGCUGAUUUAAUUGAACCACUUUGCUGCUCAACUGACAAUCAAAUUGCUGUAUCACAGUUCCAUGAUCGCUGGGCUCAAGCUUAA